ACUAGGUUUCUACUCUUAUGAAAUUAUAAAAAUUACACACUCAUAUUAACAAAGGAAAGUCGGUGUGUUCAUUUUUCAUCUUGUUGAAUGCAAAAUUAAACUAUUUGUUGUUCAUCCAGAUUAAGUUGUGGAUCAUUAUUUCGAACUUGGAACACACGGUCAAGAUUUAAAAAAAGAAUGAGAAAAUGCGUGACUUACCUACAUAAUAUUAUGUCUAAGUUUAAAUUAGCAAACAAAAUGGAGAACGCGCUAAUUGUUUUACAUAUAAAUUUUAUUUAGAUAUUUUGUUAACAAAUUUUACCGCUUUUAAUAAAAUUAACAGUGUUCAACCGCUGAAAUAUAACGGCCAGACGUAGUGAGGGUCAUCGUAUUUAUAACCGGGCAUCCACGGCCAAUAUUUCAUUUGAUUUGAUUUCAUAUGUAUUUUGCUUGAAUCCCAGUUUACACAAUUAUCAAUGCAAAUAUUGAAUGUUACCACGACCAAUAUUACACUCAACAAUAAUAGAACUUUGAAGAAACUAUUAGGCAUGAUAAAAUGCAUACUUCCGAAACACUGACAUUUUGCAUUUUAGUUUGCUGGGUCGGAGCAGAACCAGAACUUCCGUUAUGUCCAACAAACAUACAAUUUUUACCCCAAAACCUCCCAAUGCACUGCCGGAUGCCAACAAAUUCUGAUGUUUCGACUUUGCCUAAACUCCCAAAUUUGCCGGAAAUACCCACAAUGCCACCUUUCCUUCCCCCAUUUUACCAGAGUCCCCCACCAGAUAGUCAACCACCUCCAAUUCCUAUACCUGUUCCUGGAAUGCCAGCUUUCCCUGGGGCUAUGAUGCAACCGAUGCUGCCACCUCCAAACCUACCUCCACCUGGAGUAGGACCAAUGCAUAAGCUACCAGUCAUAGUUAUGCCGUUUUACUCGCCUGAUCCCUCCUACAAGAAACCAGAAAAAUACAAAAAAAAUAAGAAAAAUGGAAUCAAAAGUAAGCAUCGCAAGAGACACCAUAGAUAUCACAGCGACACCAGUACUGGUACAGAUUACUCUGAUACUGAUACCGAUACUGAUACAACUGAUAGUGAUGAAAUCUUUACUGAUACAACUGGUUCUGACUCAUCAAGAUCUAGUGAUACUUCUAGAGAAAAAAGUUGGUGGAAUAAAGGUAUCGGUCGAGGUAAGAACACCAGAAGGUUUUUGAAGAGACACAGAAUGAGGAAAAACAAAAGAAGAAGCAACCAAAAAGAGCUCCUUACUCCAAUACUGCAAUAUGUCACCAAGGAUGGUUACGUAAUAUAUGAAAAGAAAAUAUCUAAAGGCGAAGCUAAAAGUUGGCUCGGUGAAAAAAAAGCAGAAACAUUCGAUGGGAAAGAAAUUGAAGAAAUGAACACAGACAAAGACUCAAGUAUCGAAGACAACAACGAAAUACGAAGAAAGGUCAUUAAAACAGAAGUUGCGGCUGAAAGGUCUGGUCCCAAGAAGCAUUUUCAGAAAACAGGUUCUGUAAAAUCAACAAAAUCACAGCUUCCGAAGUAAUUGUAUUUAUAUUGUUUUAUAUUUUUGUAC